ACGGAGGCGACCUCUAGAAGACUCCCACAGUUACCUUGUAUCGCUCAAACACUCUCCUAAACCCCCUAUCCUCAAAACCCUAGCCUACUCUUUUUUCCCCAAAUCAUCAUCAAUUAGCCCCUGUUUCUUCAGCCAGUCAAGAUUUAGCUCCGUCGAUCAGUCGAUCGAGGCUUCUGGGUGCUUCGAUUCGGUUCAUUGAUACGUCCAGGUGUUUUGCUCUAUGCUGGUUUAUAAAACUCUUCGAUAGUGAGAACUAUUCUCUCAAAUUCUGAAUAGUUCUCCUGGGUGCUUGCAGUUUCCAUCAUGACUGUACAAGAUAGUUUGCCGAAACCAAGGUUGAAGAUCAAGUUUUCCUGUAGACCAACUGAGGUUGUGCUAAAAACUGGGUCUUGUGAAGCUAGCAAGCAGCUGUGGGUAAAGGAGGAUUGUUCUCAGAAUGUAUCUCUUGAUGGGAACAAGGAAUCCAUGAGGAAGGAAUCACGAAAAGCUGUUCCUCGCUCUUCAGACAGCUUAAAAUUGUAUGGUGCUGAUAGCGUAAAGGACGGAUUUACGCAAAGCUCUCUGAAGCGUGGACCAUCAGAAGUUAUAGAUUCUGUUUUAAAUAAAAGACAGAAGAUGGAUCGUAGUUUGAAGCGUUACUGUGGCAACAUUCUCGAAGCAUUGAUUAAGCAUCCUGCUGCUCUUGGUUUUUGUGAUCCAGUUGAUCCUGUGAAGUUGAAUAUCCCUGACUAUUUUUCAGUUAUCUCUAAACCUAUGGAUUUGGGAACAGUGAGAGCCAAAUUGCAGAAAAAUAUGUACUUCACUGUUGCGGAAUUUAAGGAUGAUGUUAGGCUGACCUUCUCCAAUGCCAUGCUGUAUAACCCAUUUGAAAACUAUUUUCAUAAAAGUGCAAAGGCACUGGAUAGCAUCUUUAAUACUAAAUGGAAGGAUCUGGAGGCUAGAUUAAAGCGUGAGAGCCUAAAUCGUGAAGAGAGUUGCCUUGCAAGUUUCCAGGAAAGGAAAACCACAGAAACGAGACAAUUCUGCCCUGGAGAUUCUCCCUUGAUGGGUGGAAUAGUUACUUCCAUGUCUAUCUCUUCUGAAGAAAAGAGAAAGCUGACAAAAGCGCCUGGGGAAGCAAUGAUGAAAAAGAUAACAGAUGAUCUGAAGAUUUCAUAUGCAAGGCCUGCAAAUAAGGAAACUGCUAGAAAUAUCCAAAAUAGCAGGUGCCCAGGAAAGGUCUUACAAAAAGGCACAGUCAAUGCUAGUAGGAGUUCUUGUGGUUCUGUCAAAACUAUAGUCUCUUUGAAUGUGGCUGCUACUAGAUGCUGCUCAUGUGGCAGUUUAAAAUGCCAGUGCAGCCCUCAGAAAGGCUAUGCGUAUGAAUGGUCCAAGAGAUCUCCUUCUGCAAGAUACGCGGAACAAAAUUGUGCUGCUUCCAAAUCAGAGCAUGAAAGCAGUUUGACAUCUAAUACCUAUAAAUCAGAUCCAGAAUCUGAUGUGGCUGUAAGUGCUUUGGAUGAGGAAAAUAACUGUUCUAGUCCUCAGCAAUCAAGCCUUGGUACAACUGCUGCUUCAGCGGAUGCCUGGACUCCUGCUAUUGACCUUCAGUUGUCUCCAAAGAAAGCUCUACGUGCUGCUAUGCUAAAAAACCGCUUUGCUGAUACUAUAUUAAAGGCAAAACAGAAGACACUCCUUGAUCAUGUUGAUAAGGUAGGUUCCGUUAAGUUGCGGCAGGAAAAAGAAAAACUGGAGAGGCAACAACAAGAGGAGAAAGCCAGAAUUGAGGAUCAAAUUAGAGCUGCUAAAGUUGCCUCAUCAUUGAAGGCUCAAGAAGAGCGGGAGAGGGAACGAGAAGCAGCUCGUAUUGCACUACAGAAGAUGGAAAAGACUGUUGAGAUAGAGGACAAUAUGAAGGUUCUGAGGGAACUUGAGAUGGUACUCUUUGAAGCAAGUCAGGGUGAUCGAUUUGGAAACAUUAUGGAAAGGAUUGGCCUUUCGAUAAAGAAUGAUUACAUGGAUUAUGAAGACGAGGAAGAUGGUCUAUUUUCGCCAGACUGGGAGGAGGGACAAAUAUGCAACUAGGAGCUGAUCCUUUGUUACAUAAAGAGGGUUUUUAUGUGAGGGAGACUGGACAUAAAGAGGUUUUGUAAUUUGGAUUCAAGGAAUUUAUAUUUCUAUAGAUAUAAAUAUUCCAUCUCAAGUUAAGACAGCUGCAGACAACAGUGUUUGAGCAUUGCCGUCUAAUAUUUAUAUAAUGCUCAUAAAACUCCGACCAA